UGUAAUCCAGCAAGUGGGAGUAAAUGAGUGGACACUGACACUGACAACUCUGCUGUAAUAAAUAUUUACUUCCCCAUUCCAACCCCCUUUCCCUGCGCACCUUUACUUAUCCUUCGCCCACUCUUCUUCUUUUCCCUCCCUCUCUCAUCAUGCUUCCUUUCUUCUUCUUCACACAGUAGAGGGCAAAACAAUCUUUUUAAAUUAAAAAUAAACAUAAAAAGGAAGGUAAGCCCCAGCUCUGUUAAUCCUCAUUUUUCUAAGGGACUUUUUUCUUUUCUUCUUUUUUAAAUACUAGUUAUACACUGUCUUUCUGUUCAGGGUUUUUCGUUUUGCUUCAAUCUGGGUGGAGCUUACAUGGUUUUUAUUAAAUUCUGUUGGUGUAGAUUGGUUGAAUUUCCAUGAAAUUACCCUUUCUUUUGGGUGUUUCUUGUAGAACUUGGAUUCCACUGUUGCAUUGAGAUGCUUUUUCGUGAUAUUCGUGUCUGAUAUGUUUGAAUUUUCACUGGGGUUGACCAUUGACCAAAGGUUUUCUUUUUCGGUGCAUUCACACUCAAUUACUUAAAUCACCCAUUUUGGUAUCCAGUUAUAUUUGACUCCUUUCUUGGAUUGCUUAGAAAGUAUUUGAACUAUUAACUUUAGUUCACAGAAUGAGUAGUUAAAUUCCCUUAUGCAAUAACCCUAAGUAAAAACUUGUAAACUGUAGAAUUAAUUUGUAUAUUUUGAAGUUUUUAGUUCCUUUUCCUUUCUUCCUUUAUCUUGGUAAAACAUAUUGCUUCACUAAGAUAGGUUAGAGAAAAUGACAUUAAACAUGGCAUUAUUGUUAUGAUUUUUAGUACUUCUUUUGUAUAAAAUGGUAAGAAAAGAAAAGCAUUGAGAAGCUGAUAAAAAACCGCCAUGUGAUAUAGUUCACCAUGACAACAAGGCCAUCACAAGCUCAAGUUCAAGCCCACCUGCCUCCUCGAUGCCCAAUUCAAAAGAGACCCACCAGUGCCUCAAUUCGAAACCACAACUCUUUCUCUAAUCAUCCCUUUGUGGAAGAUCAUCCAGCAUGGCUUGAUGACUUGUUGAAUGAUCCUGAUUCAAAUUCUAAAGGAGGAUCACUUCGUCGUUCAGUGAGUGACUCUGUUACCCUUUUGGACAGUGUUGCAGAUUCCUUUUCCAUUUUGGCUCCCCAUUAUGAUGAAGGGAAUUCAGUUGGUAACCCAACUAAUGGUGGGUUGGAGUCAGCUUCUUCUAUGUAUGGUCCUAAUUCUCCUCGGCUAAGAAGCAGUUCUUCGUUUUCAGAGAAUGCCAUAGUGUCAGCAUUGUCUGAAUAUGUUUCUCAUGAUUCUCGGGAGUAUAUAGAUAGUCGUGUUUGCGUUCCUGGUGCUAGGAGCAGUUCUAAUCUGUUUGACAUGAACACAGAUGGUUCACUCAAUGUGGAUGCAAAAACAGCGAAACGGCACCCUGGGCAGCGUUCAAGGAUUCGAAAGCUCCAGUAUAUUGCUGAACUUGAAAGGACAGUUGAUGUUCUGCAGACUUUAGAAUCAGAUUUGGCUGUUAGAGUUUCUUCUCUACUCCAGCAACGUGUCGCCUUGUCCAUGGAAAACAACAAACUGAAGCAGCAGUUGGCCAGAGUGCGGAAGGAAAAGUUGAUAGUGGAUGGUGAGUAUCAGGUACUGAAGAAGGAAGCUAAGAGAUUGAAGAGUGGUUUAACAAAUUCUAGUCGCAGUCAAAUUCGAACAUGUUUCAUUCCGAAUCCCCCAGCUGAGGCAGGUAGUUUAGAGGCCAUACAAAUGACUUUAGAUAUGGAGAAACUUAACCUUUACUGAAAGUGAAAUCGAAAUCAAUUAGAAAAGAAAACACAAAAUCAUGGUUUUUGAAGCUGAUAGAUUCACCACCUUGUAAGACUCCCAUUAUCUAAACCCAGUUCAGCCUUGAAAAAUAUGUGUUAGGUUAACAUGUAAUAAUUAUUACUUUUAUCCUUGUUGCAUUGUAAGAGGAGAUGUAUUUUGCCAACUGCUGUUUUCUUACAAUGGAAGAGGGAGCUGACUUCAUCUUC